AUGAUGCUGAACUGCGUCAUGCUGAAACUGAGCCUCGUGGUGAUGGUGCCUAUGAAAUUGGACCUUCGCUUGGAGCUCUGGCGCCUCACCCUGGGGCUUUUGGAUGUCUCUGCCGAGCUUCCCCAGUUGAUCAGGCGUCCUGGUCUUAAGACAUGGAAGGUGUGGGAUAAGGGUUGCUGGCUGACUUCUUACGAAGAAGUUCCUUCUAACAGAAAGGCAGUGAUAGUGCCCAGCAUGUUCCCUUCAGGUCAAGCUGGGGAGCCAAGGGAAGCAUCUGCUUUUGGUGAAGAAGAGAUAUCAGUCAAUGUGAAUGAGCUACAAACUGAUACCUCUUUGCAGAAGCAAUGUCAAAUUGAUGAAAAUUUCGAUGAAAACUUCCCUCUUGAAAGAGGUAACUGUGAUGUGGGUGACGGCAUUGCUUCGAGUAAGACUUGUGAGGAAAAUGAGACAGAAAAGUUUUGCUCUCAAUCCAUAACUCCAAGAAAUCCAAAACCUAAAGCAAAAGAAGUUUCGAACUUUCCUUUGGAACGAUGUAUGAGGAUUUUGCCACAUGACCAAAAUGGAGGAGCCUUUUCAAUUGCUGUCCUCCAAAAAUUUCUCAUUCAAGAGACAGGCCAAGUAAGCAAGUAGGUUAUACGGAUGAAAGUGGCAAGACUGGAGGGCCAGCAAAGGAGGUCAAUGAGGCAUCAUGCACGGGUAAUACAAGCAUAAUUGUUAAUGCACCAAGUGAUGAUAAUGGUGAUUUAGCUGAGGGAAGUGUGGCCUCAGAUUCUUUGGA